CAGUAUAUAUACAUGGUAAUUUGUACAACCCUUCCACAGACCACAGACUUUUCAAUCAGCAGCAUCACAGAGGUUUACACACACACACACACAAACACAUAGAGAGAGAGUAAGUAAUAGAAAUUACUAAACCCAGAGAGGGAGGAGGAGCAAGGAAGGUGAUGUGAGGGUGGUGUACAGGCAAAACGAUCGAAAAUUGAAAGGCGUUGUUUCAUCAUCAUUAUCAUCCAAACAUUGUUGUUGUUGUGGUUGUCGUCGUCGUCGUCGUCAACAAGUCAAACAUCAUCAUCAGUGCAGAGGCAACAUUUCAUGCAAUCGGACGUAAUUAUGAGAUUUACGGGUUCUCUAUUUCCUCAUCUAUUCCUGCUGAUGAUGAUGAUGAUGAUGGUAAUGGCAACUGUGGCCUUGCCUCUUCCCAUGACUAAUGAUCAGGAGCUAGUUGCCGUGGAUUCGAUUGAGCAGGAUCAACAGCAGCAGGGAUCGGACUUGGAAACGGAAUCCACAAAUAUUGCUCGCAUUGCUGGACGCAAUAGCAACAACAACAACAACGAUCAUCCCAAAGAAUUUGAUACAUUUGUUGAGGAACUACAAACGGCUGGUGUCCAAAUGGCAAAUCGUCAGAAUAUUCAGACAUUAAGCUACAAGGAAUUGACACGUCUUCUGGCCUUGUGGCAUUUAUCCCAUGAGCGUAAUUUCUACGAGUCCAAGAGUAGUCCACCACCAGCCGAUGCUUGAGAGUGAGAAACUCUACAAUUUACAUAUAUAAUUGUCGUUUCAUGUUUAUUAAAAGUGAAAAUUCAAUAAAAAAAAAUCUACAAGAAGAAAA